GCUGCAAAGGAGAAGAGAAAAUGUCGCUUGUUCGUCUCAAGGCCGGUCCAGGAUCAGUGUCGGCCUAGGCAACGGUGACGGGGGUUCGCAUCCACAACCACCGCAUGGGCUCCAGGAGUGACCUCUGAACGCAGGCUUCAGAUUCAGUGGAGAGAUGGACCCCACCACUCGGGUGGUGGGUUUGGACUCACAAGGCAACAUGGUCUUCACUAUGGUCAAACCCGUGAUGAGCAUAUUCCAGGUGUCAGCAGACCAAAGUGGCUCGGUCACGCCGGAGGGGGUCAACCUGCAGCCCUUGGCUGAAACCACCCACGUCCUGUCUCAAGCACCAGGACAGGUCCAGCUGGAGCAUGGCCAGGUGGACAUGCAGCAACUUCAGCCUCACAUCCAGACCCACCUGCACAUUUUGCCUCCAGAGACGACAGAGGAAGUGGUCCAGCAGCAGGAACCACCUCCGGACGUCAACGCCAGCGCUCAGGCUUCUGCUCUCAUGCCCUUUGCUGAGGUGUCGUCUCUUCUGGACCCAAACAUGAAGGGCUCCAAAGCUCGGAAGUAUCUGAUUUCCUACGAUGAGAUUAAGCGGCGCCUGCAAGCUCCAGAGAAGAUGUCCCUGCGCUCCCUGGCUGCUUACACGCGCGUCAGCAGAGGACCAGCAAGCAAGAAGACGCUGAUGGAAUCCCUGAACGUUCUGGGUCUCACGCCCAGCACGACCACCUCGGUCUCAUCGUCCUUCUCCAAACUGACUGAAGGCGACACCAAGGCGCUGUGUGACGACAUGAAGGACUUCUCCAGCGAUUACGUUGAUUAUGGCAACAUGGCCAAGCAGCUGAUCCCCGACACCAACACUGUCCAGCACUGGUCCAAAAUCAUAGAAACCAAGAACCACCUGGAGGACAUGAGGAAAUGCUUCAAAGACCCGGCAAACUCUGGAGCCUUCGACAACGUCACCCAUGGACUUGGCCUGGGAAUGUUGGACGUAGCUCUGGACAUGGUCGUGACGGUUAUCGAACAGCAGAUUCGAAUUCUGUCUGGAGCGGCGGCUUCAGAACCAGCAGACCCGGGCCUGUCGACACGGCGCAUCCGCAGACGAAGCCGCAAACUUCGAGGGUCAAAUAGCGAUCGGCCAGACAAGCUAACUGGGGGGUUGAAGGACCAGUGCAAGGUCAUCGCUAAGAAUAAGAGGCGGAGCAGGAAAAAGCCAGCACAGGAAACAGCUGAAGCUCCAGCUGAGACGUGCAGACAGGAAGAGGUGCUGACACUGGUGUCGGUCGGCUACGAGACAGUUUCCGGGGGACUCCCGUCUGCGUGAGCGUUUGACAUGAAAGUGCUUUUCUUUGUAAAU